AACAUAAAUUUGACAUAUGGAUAUGUCAAAGGAAUGGGCAGGUCAAGUUGGAAUUUGGUCAUGGUUCGAUGAUUUUUUUGGCAGAGUUAUGUUUUUUCACUUUGAAAAUAAUAUAGAUACAUCUUAGGAAUAAGCAGUUUGAGUUUGAAUUUGGUCGUGGUUCAAUGAUUUUGGACAAACUUAUCUUUCUUGAAUAUUGGAAUAAUUUUGAACUUUCAGUUUCAGCACUCAUACUUUUGUGGAAAUGUAUGUAGCCAUUAUUUUGGCUACAAAUAUGAAAUAUGCUAUUUUCAAAAGGUUAAGACUGAAUAAUUUCAGUGCCUUGAACAUUGUAUGGAAAUGGUUUGUGUUAACAUUGAAAAGUUUUAAGGGCUUUGAACUUAAAAUGAAAACAAUAAUUUGUGCAAACAAAUUUGGAACUAAAUAUUAUAACAUCUGAAAUUUUGGCUGCAUGCGGGGGCAUCCGUGGCAUGAUGACACAUUUCUAGUUUUUUUUUUGUAUAAAAAGAAAAGGAUUAAUUACUCAAGCUAAUAUGGUCCCUGGAAUAGCCAAAAAUGUUAUUUUCACCAAAUGACAUCCCUAGCUCAAAAAUAUGUUAACUUUAAUUCAUGAUUUCUUAUCAUUUUCACAUUUUGUGACCAGUUGCACACUCAACAAUCCUUUUGAGCUUUUAGCGUUAAUUACUGUUAAAGCCAAGGAAAAAUUUUAAAUACUGGAUUUUUUUUAUAUGUAAUUCACAUAUCUCUAAAAGUACAUGGCCUAGAAUUAUGAAUCCUUUUUUUCAGCUGCUGUUACACAGAUUCUCCAAGUCUUGGAGACAAUGUGGGAGGAGAAUCGUGAAAUUAAGAGGAUGAUGCAGCGAUUGUUGUCAAGGUCAGCAGCAGAUGACCAACCGCUGCAGCUUCCGGAAGAUAUCUCAUUUCCUAUUCGUUCUCCUGAGCAGAUGGAAACAUUCGAUGAGCUUCUGGGAGAUCAGACAAAGCUGUCAUCUGUGGUGCGGUUCCUCUCAAUGUUUGGUGGGGCAGAUGUGUGGGAAACUGUUGACCGCUUGAUGAAAGAAACCAUGUCAAAUGAACUGGCAAGAAUGUACAAUAUGAAGGGGCUGAAAAGGAAGAAAAAAUUUGGGGGCCUCUAGAUACUGAAUGUAUUGUAUAGUAAGUGAUAUUUUACGAAUUUGCAAAGUGGUGUCUUUAAGUAAGGUUUUCAAAAUAGAUAUAUUAUCCAAGAUCUUGUUAUUGUGUCUUCGGGUAUCGCUUUAAUGAAGGAAAAUGCUUGACUAGCUUUUAUGGAAAUUAAUAAGAGAAUAUUUUACAUGCUGUGUGGUUUUGAUCCCAUGCAUUGUGUUGUGAUGCAUAAUAUAAGCAGAAAUCACCUUCCUGUAAAGCAAGUUAUUUGCUUACCUUAACAUUCUUCACUGAUACACCGAUAAGAUGAUCUCAGCUUACAACUGACUGCAGAGAUAUCACAGAAAUAUUGUUAAAAGCUAUGUAAAACCGGGACACAAACAUAUAUAUUUGUUAAAACAUACAAGAAUUAGUUUAUAUUCCAAUUUAUACUGCUCAAAAUGCUACAAGGUGACUUAUGACCUUUGAAUGGUUUCAAUACCUACAUUUCACUGCAUUUCAUUUCAUUCUUUAAGGGUAAGGAUGCUUGUUUUGUAGAAUGUAUCCAAAGGAACUUGCCGACAAAAAACUGCAACGAGGAAGGAUGUAGAAAUAGAGGUUUCAAAGUGGCUGGCUGGGGCGCGGGACCGCGAUGGGGGAAGGAAAGCAAGACCUUACCUGAAGCAAAUGAAGGAAGUGACUAGACAUGUUUUUAUUUUAAAAAAUGCAAAUCUAUAGAGAAUAUUUGUUUGUUUGUGUGUAAGAUGAAAUUUUAUAUCAUCAAGUGAGCUUCUCACGAGUGGCAUAGACUUGUUUGCAGGUUGGCAACACAGUAAUGCUGAGGAACAUUGGGAAAAAAAUGAGCCUACACCUGUUAAUGGUGAACACUGACAGUAGGGUCUUCACAACAUCACCAAUUGAUGUCUGUGAAGACCUCUUCAGAAGGGCAACAGAAAUUGUCCGGCCUCCAAUGGCAGCAGUGAUUUCUGUUGGAGCUGCGUUGUUCUCACCAGUGAGGACAAGAGUUUCCAUCCGAGGUAUUAGAUAAAUCAGGUAGAAAUGAAUUUAUAAUUAUAUGUUAAUGAUAAACUUUUAGCCCCACUUUGGAGCUAUUGACACAACCUACAUUUUGUCAUUUUUUAAUAUUUUGAUAGAUAGCAUCUCUUACUUUAAAUGUUCAGCAGUCUGUUAUUGAUACAGUACAAAAUAAUAAAAUUUUGAACUUUUACAUGUUUAUUUACCUUUUAUAAUAUAAAUUAAUUUUUUCCUUUAUAACAUUUACAUCCUUUUCCUUGUCUUUUCUAAGAAGAUGCUCCCAAAAAAGUUACAGUUAGAAAUGAAGAUGUAACAAUAAAAACCAUAACUCUUCAAGAUUCCACAGGGGAAAUUAAGGCCACACUGUGGAGAGCCCUAGCGGUGAAUCGAACUAACAAACUGCCUAACAAGCAGGUUUUGUGAGGUUACAUCAGUGAGUUCGACUCACUUCAGUAGAAUGACGGUAAUUUUUAUUAAUUUUGUGACUUCUUUUUCAACAAGUAAGGUUUUGUAUUAAGCAUUAUAAACUAUCAUGCUCCAUUUUAAGAACGAAACAUUCAAACUGUUUCCUUUAUAGAUGUUGGGUUUUUAUCAAGGUUUUCAAUUUAGCAAUCUAAAUAGAAUUUUUUAUAAGCAUUAAAGAAGCCAUCUAAAUUGAAUUUUUUAUAAGCAUUAAAGAAUUGCUCCAAUAAAAGUGGAGCAAUGCUGUUUGCAGUUAUUUUUUAUUUUAUGAAUUCUGAUGUGCUCUCAUUUGUUAAUUAAAAAUGCAUGGCUCUACAGGUACUUCCCUGUCACUGUUAUAAACUAUUCCUUUGAACACAGUUACAUUACAAAAAGAAUAUUAAGUGUCUAUUAAUUUUGCUAUGUACUACAAAUCUUUUUGCACUUGAAACAUAUAAUAUUUCUACAUAAACAUCCACUGAUUUAUAAAACAAUUGAAACUUCAUAUGUCGAUUAUGGCUUAUCUCAAAACUUGUAAAUCAUGAACUGUCUAAGAGAAGAGCAUAUUCUAAAAAACGGUAAAAAUCCUUUUUUUCUCAUAGUUAUGUCAAAAAAUAAAAACUGGUCAACAGAUUAAAAGAAAAAUUAGUCUAUACAUGAAUGUUUCUAUUUUCUUAUUUUCAUAGCAAAUUGCUCCACCAGUCACCACCAAUCAAUACACAAUAGUUGGCAUCAUGGUGAAUGAAGACAAAGCUGAACUUUUAACAGAUGAUGACCUUACAGCUUCAGUGUCAUCAGAAAUGUUGGCACAGGCUUGUGCCAAACCUGAUGAGCCAGAUGUGAACUUGGCCACACUGUGUGAGAAAGGGCACAAGUGUUUCAAUCACAUCAAGAUGUGAUGAAACACAGAGUAUUGUCCACAGAGAAUGAAACCUGGUAAAGAUGAUUUUUGUAAUAAAUUUCCUUCAUAUUACAAGAUUUGUAAGAUAACAUAUUGGAUGAGACAUAUACAGUCUUAUUGCAUGAACUAAAAUUGUCCAAGCCUUUGGUUUGGAAUCGAACAAAUCAUGAUUUAAUAAACUACAUUAUUUUUUAUAAGACGUAUAUCUUAUUCUGUUUGGAUAUUCUUAAUGUAAUUGAAAAUCAUUUGCCUUUUGGUAGUUGAAAAUAUAACAUUUUAUUUUCAGUUAACAUGCUGCAGGGUUUUCAUUAUUAACCGAUUGGCGAUCCAAACCAUCAGUUAAAUUGCUGUUAAAAUCGAUUGUAUUUUCAGCCAGUAUAUUAAAGUAUCACCUUUGAUCCUUGGCAAAAUCGGAUGUUUUCUUUUAAGGAUCUGUUGUUUCAAAUGAAAAUGAAGACUGUAAGAGUAGUCAAAAAAAUGUACUGAAUUUAGUAUGUGUUGCACAAUAUUGAUGUUACUGCAUUUGGUUACCAUGUACUUAUUAAUAAUGAAUAUUAUUUAAUAACAUGACAACUUUAUUUCUAUUUCAGAAGUCCUGUGUACUUAACAUGAAAUACAAGAGAACUGUAAACACAAACAUUAAAAUAUUAAUUUUCAAUAAACAUCCAUUCAAACCAGGCAGUGGAAAGUGCAAUCUCAUAUG